UGAUGAUAAACUCAAUAUUCGGCGCAACGGGAGACGAGUAUAGUGGUCCUUUAACGCAAGGUUAAAAAGGAGGAAGGCUAAGUAGGAGGUCUGCUUGGUAGUAGGGUAAAAAUAAAAUCGAACAUUACAUUGAACGUGAACCUAGAGAGUGUAAAGAUACGCGUAUUUACAGUUAGUCCGGUCUUUCGCACUGUAUUCAUACUUGUCCUGAAUAAAAGGAACUACUGAUUUUUUCUUGAGAAAUUUUUGAAUUUAAACUAAACCAACAUGUUUCCUCAUCACCAUAUGGCCCAAGAAGAAGCCAAACUCGACAUGAUGCAAAGGGGAUGGCAAUCGAACAGGCGAAAUGCUUCUUCUUCCACUGCAUUUUUUGAAAGAGCCAAUGAAACUGAAGACUUUUUGGCAUUGCCUAGACAAAACACUGCAUCAUGGAAUAACAUUUGCGUGCCUCCGCCUCAAGAAAAAUCAUGCAGCGAUAUUGAAAGUGACACUGAAUCUUUAGAUUUUCAUGAAGCCAUUCUCUAUUCCAAAUCGUUCAAACCUAAAAAAACUUGCUUAAAACUUGACGCUUCAACCAUAAAAGACCUUCCAGCGCAUUACACAAUCUGCUCAUUGGAAACCCAUCAAUUUCCAGUUUGUGGUGUUUAUAUUGAUAUAAGAAUUGUUCCUGGAUUUAAAUACAAAGUUAGACCAUUGCCAUCUGUUGGAGAAAAGUCGACAAUCAAUAAAUGCUUGUUUAAGGAUAGAGCUUUGAGAUUACAAACUAUUGGCAGAGGUUUUGCCAGACGUAUCACUUUUGAACCUGACAAUGGUCAGCUCAAUUCCAACGAUAACUAUUUCUACACCGACAACAGACCGGAAGGUUACGCUUUCGAACUGGAAGUGAUAUCUGAAGGAGACAAAUUUACCAUUUUUGAUAUGAACCAUGAAGCUCAGGGAAUCGUGGAUGUGUUAAAAAUCGAGGGACCUCAAAUUGAAUUUUCUAGCUCAUUAACUAAGCAAGGCAUCGAAAAACGAGCCAAUGUUAAAUUUACAGGCAAAGUUGAGUUUUACGAUACCGGUGUUGCUAAACCCAUGUUGCUUAACGGUGUCGCUAUUGCAAUGAAACCCAAAGGCAAAUCCAGUGCUGAAAUAGUUAAGGUUGUUAACAUUCACGUGAAAAGGCAGAGGCUCUAUUUGGUUCCUGGCAUUCUGAACAAUUAUAGGAGGGUUACUGUUAGAGGAUCUGAUAUUAAUGAUGUGCCUACCAAGUACACCAUGACUGGUUUGGAACCCUAUGAAAUCCCUGUUGUCGGAACAUACGUCGACCCAAGAAUUAUCCCAGGUUUUUGCUACAAAGUUAGACCUAACAACAAGAAAUAUCACCUGUUUGGUGGUCGUGCAUUGAGGCUCAUCAGCAUUGGAAUGGGAUAUGCAAAAAGGCUGACAUUUGAGCCUGACUCCUUGAACAACCCAGGCAAUUACUUAUGGUCAGACAAUCAUCCAGAUGGUCUUGGACUUGAACCCAGAGCAGUGUGCAAUGGUAUGCAGUUUUACGUUAAAGCUGGCAGUCAGGUUAUUGGAGAGGCUAUGGUGUUUAGAAGUGAUAAGCCACAGUUUGAAGAAAAAUCUGAAAAGAUAAAAACAUCUUCGGGUUUGUUCGCAAUAGAAAAACACAUCCAUAUUGACGUCAUUUGUCACAUCCAGCUAUCCAGACCAGGAGGUGCUUCCAGUGAAUUGGACUCUCACUUGAUGCGAAUUUCUGGGGUUGCGGUAGUAAGAAAAGAACACAAAUCUAAUCAUGCCGAAGUGAUCAAGGUCGAUAAUAUCGGUUUCGAUUCAGAAUUGUAUGUUCUUUUCUCUCAGAUGCACGCCGAUAUUCAAUUCAUUCCAAAAUAAUAAUUAGUUAUUUGCUUUGCCAUAUUAUGAUCUAAAUUUUAUUUUUUUUUACCAAUUAUAACAGGGUGUUCAAACUUGAAAAAUUAUUAUGCACUCUAUACUGUUAAUCUAGUUUUUUAUUAGUUACUUUCAAAGCAAGCAAUUUUUGUUGAUGAGACUUAUUUUACUUAUGGGGUAGUUUUUUUUAGAGACAUUAGUUAUGCAACUUAAUAUAAUUUAUGUAUUAUUAGUUAAGCAGUAAUAGGUAGAAUUUUCUUUGGCUACUUUGUGAUUUUAAUAUACAAAUUAUGUAAUAAUAAAAAUUAUUAAAAUGUAUAAUUGUG